UGCAGCAGAGGGACAAAGGUUGUAGGGGAGGAGUUAGGUGGAGGGUCAGCUCUGGGGUCACUGGGGUCUGAUUGGACCUAUCUCCUUCCAGUCCGGUGACCCUGGACUGUCUGUCAGGAGGAGUUAAAGAGGUAGAGAAUGCUAACCACCUGGGAACUCCGAAGGCAUCUCUGCAGGUAAGGCAUUGAUCUGUCUAAUCUUCAGAGAGCCGGGGGCUGCACUUUGACCAAGAGAAGAGCUUUUCUGCUGCAAUUCCCACAGACUCAGGUCUGCUCUAGAAACCCCUCCCCACCCCCAAAAAUCUUCUCCCUUCUGUCCUGACCACCAGCCGCUGGUGUUGUGGUAUGACCAGUCCCAAAGCUCAGGGGAAGCGGCCUGGCCCACGACCUUGGAAGAACCUGGAGAAAGCUUCACCAAACGACAGUACUUUUCCACUGCACUGCGCGGCCACCUCAGCAGGCUUUGUGCUGUGUAGGGAAGAGGCAAAGGGCACCAGGCCGGCCCCAGCAGGAACCCACUCCAAAUCUUCGUUCUCAGAGAUGGGGGGUAGGGACGCUCUGUGGGUGAGGGGCAGCAGGCAGGAAUUCUAGAAAGAGGAGGGGCUCUCCCUGGGAGCCUGGAGCCCAAGAGUAAGGUUGGAGAAAUUUGCAUCUGUUAAUCCCUCCGCAAUGUUUUGGGGGAUUCCCACUCCUUAGCCGCCCCUCUCUACUCUUCAUCCUUCCAAAGAUAAAGCUUAAAACAGUUCCAGCGCAUCCGUGCUGGGUCUUGGGAAGCUCGAGUCUGCGUGUGUGUGUGUGUGGGGGGGGAGUGGAGAAAGGGAGGGGACAAGAGAGCUAGCGGUCCCGCCCGGUGAUGUAGGCAGUCGGGGGAGGUGGAGCCGCGACGCCUGAAGGAGUUCCCACCGCAGCCGUGCUCUUGGUCCACCUCAUCCAGCUGCCACCAAACCCUGCUCCAGAGACGUCCCUGCGGCCAAAUAGGCGGCAGGGACCGUGGCAAUCCACCCUAUAUUCGGACCUAGGGGACAUCCAUUACUCCAGAGCCCUGUCCCUCCUUGCUUCCCAGACGGCUGGAGUCAUUCCCUGGGGAAGCUGUUCCGGGCCGAUCAGCCGCCGCACGGGCAUCUCCGCGGCCAGCACGGCUGGGCACCGGGCAUCUGCGAAGCCAGCCCUGCGGGACACUGGGCAUCACGCAACGAUUGUCUCCGGCCUCCACCCAGCUUGUCGUGAGUCCUGGGCGGUGGGCUUCUGAGAGCCUUUGGCCGACCCAGGACGAGGGUGAGCUCCCCUCGCUCCCAGUCCUUUGCGCCGCCGCGAUGCUGCCCUGGAGACGGAACAAAUUCGUGCUGGUGGAGGACGAGGCCAAGCGCAAGGCAAAGAGCCUAAGCCCCGGGCUCGCCUACACGUCGCUGCUCUCCAGCUUCCUGCGCUCUUGCCCAGACCUGCUACCGGACUGGCCCCUGGAGCGUCUGGGUCGCGUAUUCCGCAGCCGGCGCCAGAAAGUGGAGCUUAACAAGGAGGACCCCACCUACACUGUGUGGUACCUGGGCAACGCCGUCACCCUGCACGCCAAGGGCGACGGCUGCACCGACGACGCUGUGGGCAGGAUCUGGGCUCGCUGCGGGCCGGGAGGGGGCACGAAGAUGAAAUUGACGCUGGGCCCGCACGGCAUCCGCAUGCAGCCGAGCGAGCGCUGCGCGGGGGGAUCGGGAGGUCGCAGGCCGACGCAUGCCUACCUGCUGCCGCGCAUCACCUACUGCGCGGCGGACGGGCGCCACCCGCGCGUCUUCGCCUGGGUCUAUCGCCACCAGGCGCGCCACAAGGCCGUGGUGCUGCGCUGCCACGCCGUGCUGCUGGCGCGAGCUCACAAGGCGCGCUCCCUGGCCCGCCUGCUCCGCCAGACCGCGCUGGCGGCCUUCAGCGACUUCAAGCGCCUGCAGCGGCAGAGCGACGCGCGCCACGUGCGCCAGCAGCAUCUCCGCGCGGGGGGCGCCGCCGCCUCGGUACCCCGCGCCCCAUUGCGCCGCCUGCUCAAUGCCAAGUGCGCCUACCGGCCACCGCCGGGCGAGCGCGGCCGCGGAGCUCCGCGUCUCAGCAGCAUCCAGGAGGAGGAUGAGGAGGAUGAUGCGGAGGAGGAGGACUCCCGGGACAGCGAGGGAGGAACCCUGCAGCGCGAGCGACCCGAGGUGCUCAGCCUGGCCCGGGAGCUGAGGACGUGCAGCCUGCGGGGUGCCUCGGCGCCUCCGCCACCGGCGCAGCCCCGCCGGUGUAAAGCCGGCUCCAGGGAGCGGGCAGGCCAGGCGCGCUGAGAGCACAGGUCUAGGACUUGGGCCCUAGACCCGGCCCCUCAGACUAACCAGGACUCUAACCCGGCCCUGCCCGCUUCCGCGCCCCCCUGGUCCCUGGCCUGCCUCCCUCGCGAUCUCCAUAGUGGUCGCCUUGCUCCUCAUCCUAGCUCAGGGUGAAGCCGGAUAUGCCCUUGAUUUUUAGGGGUGGAAGGGAGUCCACAUCUCCCCACAUUAGGAGUUUCCCUGGUCCUCCACUGUGGAAUUGUUCCCACGCUUAUGCCAGGUCUGUCCACAGAUCAAACUUGCUCUCUUCCAAAACAGCCUCUCAGGAGAACGGGGAAAUAGGUUUGCAGAAACCCUGGAGGGUGGGUUUGAACCCAGGACCCCGUCUAGGGUAGGAGUUAUGGCCCCGCCCUUGGUCUCUUAUCC